CCAAAGGGGAGGUAGUCCGAAAAAAUUCGAAGGAGGGGUCUUCUCUUCUUCCCCGUUCGAACGAAGAAGCAGCGGCGGUAGAGUGGCGGCAAACUUCCCUCUUUCACUCUCUCAGGCUUCUCCUCGUUUUUCUUCUUCUUAUCUUUCUUCUUCUUCUUCUUCUUCUUCUUCUUCUUCUUCUUCCAAUCUCCCCGAAAUCCUCACUGUCUUCGAUCCAGCAAACAACAGCGGCGCAACUUCCCUUUCAUUCCCCACUCAAUUCUAGCAGAAACCCAACCUCUACCGGUCCUAUUUACUUCCCUCGUUUUCUUUGUUUUCGCUCUACUACCAUUCCUCUGAUCUCCUUCCAUCUGUGAACUCUGUUGUUCGAACUGGGUAAGAUACCGUAGAGCCGAUCUGAAAAUCCUAUGUAAAUUGGUUGCUGAACCUUGGGGUUGAAGGUCGUCUUCACACCAGUUGCUAUCCCGAUCGUAAUCCAAGAAAAUCCUCACCAUUAGAGUGUUAACAAUUCAUGAUCGAAGCGGAUUAAAAGUCCCCUAUAGCAUCGUUUCUCCGGCCGAAAUCUCGAUUCAGGGUAUACAUAAAGCAUAAAUCCAUAAAUGCCCAAAGAAAUGGAGGUUGAAGAAAAUGGUCUUCAUGUGGAGAAUUUUGGCUCUCUUCAUAUCUACUCUGAAGAGGAACAUGAUGAUGAACAAGACCCACAGGUAGAAAAUGAAGAAGAUGAUGAAGUUGAAGAGCAAGAACCCGUCACUCUUGGUUUUGUUGAAAAGCCUAAAAGUCCAAACUCACUUCUCCGCCACUUUUUUCCUAGCAAGGCUGGAGGCAUGGUUAGAUCCAGUUGAUUUACCAUCAGAAAGGUCCCGUGCAUGUGGCAUUUGUGGAGAGCCUCUACAGUUCUUACUUCAGGUAUAUGCUCCAAUUUCUGAGAAGGAGUCUACAUUCCAUCGGACAUUAUUUGUGUUCAUGUGUCCAUCAAUGGCAUGUCUACUCCAAGACCAACAUGAGCAAUGGAAACGCCAACCAGAAAAACCAUCUCGGAGUGUGAAGGUUUUCCGUUGCCAGUUGUGUCGCUCAAAUCCUUUCUACUCAAGUGAACCCCCAAGAUUUGAUGGGACUGACAAGCCAUCUAAAGUUGGAGCUGAACUUUGUUGUUGGUGUGGUACAUGGAAAGGAGAUAAAGUUUGCAGCAGUUGUAAAUCUGCACGCUACUGCUCAGAGAAGCAUCAGAUAAUGCAUUGGCGCUCAGGACAUAAGGUUGACUGCCAAAGGAUCUCUUGUCAAUCUCUUGUGUCUAGCAGCAGUAACAGCACAACCUCUUCAAUGAAAAUUUUAGGGAAAGUUGCUGGCAAUACUUUAUGGACAGAGUUCGAAAUUGUAAGUGAAGAUGAAUGUGUGUUCGACACAGAAGCUUCUGAAGACAAUAACUACUCAACUUCACUGGUUUGUAAUGACCAAAUGGAUGAAACUGUGAAUUCAUUAUUGGAAAGUUUUGAGGGAAGUGAUGAUAAAAAGAGUUGGGCUUCUUUUCAAGAGCGUAUUAGUAAAGCUCCUGAACAAGUAUUGCGGUAUUGUCGGGAUUCCAAGGCAAAACCAUUGUGGCCCAUGUCAAGUGGCCGCCCAUCAGAGUCUGACAUUCCUAAAUGCAACUAUUGUCAUGGCCCUAUGCAUUACGAAUUUCAGAUCUUGCCUCAGCUGCUUUAUUACUUUGGAGUGAAAAAUGAUGCAGAUUCUCUGGAUUGGGCAACCAUUGUCGCGUACACAUGUGCGGCUUCCUGUGAAGCAAGCACGGGAUAUAAAGAAGAAUUUGCUUGGGUUCAACUCUCCUCAUCUUUAGUAUAACCUUGAUGAUAGUUUGAUAUUUAUGUUUUUCAAGAUGUAAUUAAGCAUAUUUUUGGUGUUGGGUAAGCCAGCUUUUAUUUGAACUAAAGCUGCUAUAAUGCGAUUUUGAAGUUUAUGCUUCGCUUUUGUACCAAAAAAUGAAGUUUAUUUAACUGGUGUGGCCUCAAUGAGGAAGUUAUUUGUACAAUACGAAGAAUCUUGGGAAAAGUACGAAUA